AUGAAGAUGGUACGCGCCCUAAUUGAACCACCGCAAUUGUCAUCAUCCAUGGUGGCGACGUUAGAGUUACUCUAUGAUCAAGGACAUCAUCUUGAAGAAUAUGAUCACAUGCUCGUUUAUAUGGAUCACGAGAACAUGGAACAACACGCCAACACCAUGCCUCGCUUAAAACAUAAUGGUUCCAAUUACGCGAGCUGGCUCUACUGGGUUAAUGAAGAAUAUCGGCGAUUCACUCGUAAUCCUGUGUACUUGUAUGAAUCCAAAUUGCACAUCUCGUCACUGCAUGAAGCGCUUGCGGACGAGGUCCUUUUGGCCAUCAUAUGUGCCACGGUUCAUCCCAAUGUCCUUCCCCAAUCAAUCGGUCGAGACAUAAGGCCCGAAGGGGUCUGGCGAGUGUUUAAGGCGCAGCCUGGUGUAGAAUGUAUGCAGAAAGAUUUGGGUAUAAGUUUGGUUUUAGCAGUAGGAUUAUCACUUUGUCAAUUUUUUUUGCGGAAAUUACAAAUUGGGUAA